UGUAAUUUCGCUCCACAGAAUGUAUUUAGUAUUUUAAUGUAUUUCUAAUCGGAAGCUGAUAUCUUUUCUGUUGGGGAUCCCACGGCAGAGCUGGGCCCCAUGUGCGGCCUGGUCGGUGUCGCCGUCCGCUCUCUGCCCUCAGCCGGUUUGCAGCGGCUCGCUGCCCGCUUCUCCUCGAGCCGGAGCCGGAGGCCGAGCGCGGGCUCGGCGGCCAUGCAGACCGCUGUUGUCCGCUGUGUCCCCACCGAGACCAAGUUGACCAUCUCGCUGCGGCUGGGGCCCGAGGGAGGAAGCCAGCGGCAUCUGCAGCGGGAGCAGAGCGAGAGCCUGCAAACUGCGCUCGGCCGCAUCGCCCACAACCUGGUCAAAGCUCAGGCCAAGAAAACCAAGAAAGGCCGCAAAGAGGCGGCCUCGGCCCAGGCCCCAGCUCAGGCCUCGGCCCCUCCUGUGACCCUGUACCAGGGAGAACAACCGGUUCCCGGGGACACGAGUAACGCCGAGGCCUGGCAGGAUGGAGCUAUCUUACAGGUGGGCGAGUCCAGGUACCGAGUGGAGAGAAACCCGCCCAGUCUGACCCAGCUGCGGUUACCCACCUCCAUCCUGGCCGGCUUCCCGGUCUGCCCCAAGGUGGAGGUGGAGUUCGGCGAGGCCUCGCACUCGUUGUUCGAGUGGUGGCUGAAGGAGGCGAGCGGUAGCUGGGAACCAGCGGCUAACGGCCGGGUCUUCACCCCGAGCAACGGCCACAUCGGCCUGAAGCUCAAGCUGAGAUGUCACCCGGGCGACGGGCGGCGUUUCGGGGCGCCGGUGGAGCUGGAGAGUGACGGCGUGGUGGAGGCCGGCCCCGGGGCUUGUACCUUCGACAGCCGCCAGUGGCUCACCCGCCGGGCCCCGGAGGAACCGCUGCUCCGCGUGGUUUCUUACAACAUCCUGGCCGACGUGUACGCUCAGACCGAGCUCUCCAAGAACACCCUGUACCCUUACUGUCCCCCCUAUGCACUCGAGCUCGAUUACAGGCAGAACCUCAUCAAAAAAGAGCUCAGUGGCUACAACGCCGACAUCAUCUGUCUCCAGGAGGUGGACAAGAGUGUUUUUACCAACAGCUUGUCCCCGGCCCUUGAUGCUUUCGGCUUUCAAGGAGCAUUUCGCAUCAAAGAGAAGCAACACGAAGGCCUAGCAACUUUCUUCAGAGCCUCCAAGUACCGGCUGCUAAGUCAGCAUGAUGUGACCUUGAGCGAGGCUUUAGUUUCGGACCCUUUACACACCGAGAUUUUGGAAAAGAUUUCUACGAAUCCUCAAGUUAAAGAAAAAGUCUUGCAAAGAUCAACCACUCUCCAGGUUUGUGUACUUGAGUCUCUUGAAGAUUCAUCAAAGAAGUUGUGUAUUGGUAAUACUCAUCUUUACUGGCAUCCAAAAGGAGGCCACAUUCGCCUUAUCCAGAUAGCAAUUGCCUUUCGUCACCUUCAACAUGUUACAGAAAUGCACCCUGAUACACCAGUAAUAUUUUGUGGUGACUUCAACAGCACCCCAGACACGGGCUUGUAUGAAUUUGUCAUCAAGGGACAUAUUUCUGCUGAUCAUCCCGACUGGACUUCAAAUGGCGAGGAAGAACGUUGCAGCAUGUCACUUAUGCACUUCUUUAAAUUAAAAAGUGCUUGUGGAGAGCCUGCUUACACAAAUUAUGUGGGUGGCUUCCAGGGUUGUCUGGACUACAUUUUUGCAGAUAUGAAUAUGUUUGAAGUUUUUCAGGUUAUUCCUUUUCCAAGUCACGAGGAAGUCAUCUGCCAUUUGGCUCUGCCAAGUGUUUCACACCCAUCAGAUCAUAUUGCACUUAUCUGUGAUCUAAAGUGCAAAUAAAUUAUGAUAAAUUGUGGGCCUACUGCAACUUUAGCUACUAAUAAGGCUGGUCCAUUGUAUGAGGUUAUACAUUUCAUAACUGUUAACUUCGAGAAGUUGUCAGUAUCUAUAAAGGGAAUAAUGGUUGGUAAUAUUUUGGGCAGUGAACUUUGUUAAGAUGCCUGAAGCUAACGAAAGUUAAUCCUGUAUUUUGGUAGGUGUCUUUUUCUUUUACAAUAACUGGUCUUUAAUGUAAUGUAAUCAAUAGAAUGGAUAUUAUAAACUAAAAGUCAAAACCAGAAUGGGGCAUCUACUGGAUUUAUGUAUUGAUGGAAAUGUUCACAUUUUACUGAAAUGUAAGUAAAAUAUUGCACUGCAUUGAAGGCUGUAUUCUUAAGUGGAAACAAACAGAGAAUUUUUCAUAGUGGUUAUGAAAUUCACUAAUUUGGCUGAUUAGUUUUCAAAUAAGCAUUGCAGAGACCAAAGGUCCACGACCAUUUAACAGCCUGUGCAAGAGGCUUGGUAAAAUCUUGAGAUACAUUGUGCAUUUUAUACUAUGUCCGCUAUUAUUGAUGUUUAUGGAUACAGUGUGCGCACUUGUGGAAACAACAGAUUCCAAACAGAAUGAAAUUACAAUAUUCAAUAAUUAAAAUGUGGACUAUUCUUUAUGAA